UGUUGGUGUUCUGUGUGCCAUGUUUAUUUAGCUCGAAGUGCAGGAUUUGGAUGGAAUAGAAAAGGUAUUGUGUUCUGGUGUGUCGUUUCUGAUAUAGAACUGAGAAUGGGGAAGCUGAGAAGAGAGAGGCACAAAUAUCAUCUGUCAAGAGCGAAGUCAACAAACGGCGCAUCAGUCACUCCCACCGAGAAUAAUGAAGCGAGUAAAGGAGAGUCACCAGAAUCGUCCGCAUUGUUACCUGUGCCGGAAAAUCUCUUCGCUGGUGUCGAUAUUUCUUUCGAUAGUCUGAAACAGUCUUUGAAAGAUCCUGACGUCAGGAGCGUAAUAUCCAAGAAGUCGCUUUCUGGAGGAAGUCUUAAAUCUAAGAAAGAGAAAAAGAAACUUCGUCAUGAAGUAUUCCUAAAAAAACUGCAGGCAACAUACGAGAUAAGAAAGUCUGGAAAGAAACGGAGAAGAUCAAAUAAGAGCCCACGUGAAGUGGAGAAUGCGGCACGGUCAGACAAACUGCCGUCCCGACAUUUGUCAGACAAACUGCCGUCACUUGAUUUAAACAUUGAACUUGCCCAGAAGACUUCUAGCUCCAAGGAAAAGUCGGCUGCAAAACACAGGAGUAUUCCUAAAGCAAAGCGCAGGAAUAACGUCAUGUUGCAAGACAUUUCCCUGUUUAAGCGUCUUCUGGCGAAUGACGGAUUCAAGGCAGAUCCAGUGACGUCAGUUUCAAGCCACGUUCGAUCUAAGGUGUACGAAGAAUUCAUGAGUGAAGCCUGAUCGUCCAUACGAAUAUUUGGUAAUAAAAUAAGCUGCUUUAUAUGAGAAUGUUGGAAAACGUAGUCGGAACAUUGCGCGUGUUUUAUCGACAUUGUCUGUACGUAUUCUUUCUUUAAAUACGACGGUUUGCUCAAUAAAACAAUUUUAGCGUUAUAA